AGGCGCACAAGCAAAUCAAAUUGACAGGACGAUUCUCAGCUGCAUUCCCAUCAGAGGAGGAUCCCCCCGCACAAACGGAUAGUUGAAGAACCGCUGCGUCUAAAUACGAAAAACUGUAUUGUCAUACAAUAGAGCUCUAUCGCCGUUACCAUGUCUGCCGGAGGAGAUUUGGGGAACCCUCUGAGGAAAUUUAAACUGGUAUUUUUAGGAGAGCAGAGUGUGGGGAAAACCUCUCUGAUCACCAGAUUCAUGUAUGACAGCUUCGACAACACAUAUCAGGCAACCAUUGGGAUUGACUUCUUAUCAAAGACCAUGUACUUGGAGGACCGCACAGUCAGGCUGCAGCUGUGGGACACGGCUGGGCAGGAGCGCUUCAGGAGCCUCAUCCCCAGCUACAUCCGAGACUCCACCGUCGCCGUGGUGGUGUACGACAUCACGAAUGUGAACUCUUUCCAGCAGACCUCUAAGUGGAUUGAUGAUGUCAGGACCGAGAGAGGAAGUGAUGUGAUUAUUAUGUUAGUGGGCAACAAGACCGAUCUGGAGGAGAAGAGGCAAAUCACCAUUGAAGAAGGAGAACAGAGAGCCAAAGAACUGAAUGUCAUGUUUAUUGAGACCAGUGCCAAGACAGGCUGCAAUGUCAAACAGCUCUUUCGUCGUGUUGCAGCAGCCUUACCUGGGAUGGAGAGCUUGGAUGAUGCUAACCCUGAAGGCAUGAUUGACAUCAAGCUGGACAAACCAGCUGAACCCACUGUCCCUGAGGGCGGGUGCUCGUGUUAAUGCAACGCUGGCGGACAGCUACCCUCACAUCAUAGGCUUGUUGUGUUGCUUCCUACUGGUUAGCUUCCAGUUGACUUUUCUGAUUGGAUAUGGGCCAUGUAUAUCUGAUUGGACGAAUCAAGUGUUAUAUUUCAGUCUUCAGUUGUAAAAUAUUGUAUACUUUGUCAAUAUGUAAGUGCGGGGAAAACACACAAACGAUCAAACAAAUUGUUUUAGAAAAUGAAAAAGGGAGAAAAAUGUAAUGAAACUGAAUUCUUUUCGCCGUUAUGUUUUGUAUUUUUUAUAUAUAAAAAGGGAAAGCACCAAAAAUGAUGCCUAACCAUGAAAGGAGAAUAGUGGGGCUGUCCAUUCCAAGAUGGCUGACCAUGUCUGAAUGUCUGCAGCACGCAUGCACGCUGAUCUCAGGCCUGUCUUCCGGGUCUCUCUCUGGAGCAGGUCAACUAUCUUAGAAUGUUUUAUAGCAUCUAGAAUCUCAUGACAUACGUAUCUCAUUUGAUAUUCCCACCAGAGUCAACUGACGAUAGAUUCACCAUAAACAUUAGCUGUGAAGAUGUGGCACUCUAUGAGUAACUUUUAUAGAACAACUGUACUGUGGUAUAAAAAAAAGAAAAAGAUGAAGCAAGAAAUUGUAUUUCACAACCCCUAUGCCCUUCCUAUCCCAGUAAAACACAUAUAAGAUCCACCGUAAUGCACUGCACUGUAUAUAAUAAUGUAAUAUGUAUGUCGUCCCUCUGUAGAAGUGGUCCUUGUUUACCAGUAUAAAUAAUGUAAUAAUGUUUCAUGAUUAAUAAAUUAAAGAUUAAAGGGCUUCACUCUCCUAACCAUCG